AUGCGAAAGCAAUCGAUAAACAUCUAUCUGACAGUAUUGGCUCUCUAUGAUAACGGAGUGCUACUGUUUGGUAUCCUAAUGCUUGGUGUGCCGGCCCUCUACUUAAAUCCAACUCAAAUGAUCACCAGUGAUGAGAUACCUGUGCUAUCAUCCGAGCCCUCGUCCUCUUCACCAGAUAUACUAAACACAAACGAGACAUCGCUAACGUUGUCCACCCGUUCCCGAGCCAUAUGGGCGCUGAGCGCUCUCUCGGUCGCAUCGUUUGUCUACAAUUUACCCCGAUUUGCAGAAAUAGAUAUGUCUGACGAGUCCGUCAAACAGUCCAAUCUUAGACGAAGCAAAAUAUAUUAUUGGUUUUACUAUAUUUUCUUAAACCUAUCCCUUAUACACAUCAUUCCUCUCAGUCUAUUAAGUGUAUUGAAUAUCAAAAUCUAUUUGAGUGUCCAAAUGGCCAGUAAUAACCGAAGUGAACUGACCCGCGCUCGACAACGAGAGCUUAACUUAGCCUCAAUGCUCACACUAUUGGUCGCUAUAUUCAUAGCAUGCAAUGCGCCGGCAUUUGUCAUCAAUUGUCUUGAGCUAAUAAAACCCGAUUACUUGGCUCUGCCCACAAUGUUCAGCAAUGUCUUAGUGUGUCUCAACUCUACCAUCAAUUUUCUCAUUUACUGUAUAUUUGGCAAAAAAUUUAGAGAAAAACUCAAAGAAGUGUUUAAAUGCCGGACGAGAAAGAAAAUACGAAAGAGUAGUGCAAACCGACAGCACUAUUAUUUUGGUGGCAGUUGUGCCGCCGAUACCUUUGUUUGAUUGCAUUGCUUCUGACAUUCAAUGCAUUUAUUCAAUACAUUAUUCAUUCAAACAAAUAUAAUGACAAAUUGUAAGCAAAUCCACA